CCCUCAGAUCCCGCCUCCCCGCCGCCAACCGGUUGCUAAGUGACGCCAGCGCGCAGAGGCGCGUGCGCGGCCACGGCGGUGUGCGUGAGGGCGGACGCGCGCCGCGGCGGCGGCGGCGGCGGCGGCGGCGAGGACGGCGGCGACGGCAGCGGCCGAGGGGGCGGUGGCUACGAGGAGCGUGCGGAGCAGGCGGAAGAGGCGUCCGUACGGGAGGCUAGGUCGCAGAGGAACAUCGUUGGGAUCAACGACUAUCACCUUUUCUACAAGAUGAGUAACAGCCACCCUCUUCGCCCCUUUACUGCAGUGGGGGAAAUUGAUCAUGUGCACAUUUUGUCUGAACAUAUUGGUGCCUUGCUGAUUGGGGAAGAAUACGGCGACGUCACAUUUGUUGUGGAAAAGAAACGUUUUCCUGCCCACAGGGUAAUUUUAGCAGCGAGGUGCCAAUAUUUUCGAGCAUUACUGUAUGGUGGGAUGCGAGAAUCUCAGCCCGAAGCAGAAAUCCCUCUCCGAGACACCACUGCAGAAGCGUUCACGAUGCUGCUUAAGUACAUCUACACGGGGCGGGCAACACUGACAGAUGAGAAGGAGGAGGUGUUGCUGGACUUUUUGAGCCUGGCUCAUAAAUAUGGAUUUCCAGAGCUGGAGGAUUCUACCUCUGAGUAUCUCUGCACCAUACUUAACAUUCAGAAUGUCUGCAUGACUUUUGAUGUUGCCAGCCUCUACUCGCUUCCCAAGUUAACUUGCAUGUGCUGCAUGUUUAUGGACAGAAAUGCUCAGGAGGUGCUCUCCAGUGAAGGCUUCCUCUCCCUUUCUAAGACAGCACUUUUAAACAUCGUAUUAAGAGAUUCAUUUGCAGCCCCAGAGAAAGAUAUUUUCCUAGCCUUGUUAAAUUGGUGUAAGCACAAUUCAAAGGAGAAUCAUGCUGAAAUCAUGCAGGCUGUGCGUUUGCCUCUGAUGAGCCUCACUGAACUUCUGAACGUUGUGAGGCCUUCAGGACUAUUGUCUCCCGAUGCCAUUCUGGAUGCGAUUAAAGUUCGAUCAGAGAGCCGGGAUAUGGACCUCAAUUACAGAGGCAUGCUCAUCCCAGAAGAAAAUAUUGCAACCAUGAAGUAUGGAGCCCAGGUUGUGAAAGGGGAGCUGAAGUCCGCCUUGUUAGAUGGCGAUACUCAAAAUUACGAUUUGGAUCAUGGAUUUUCUAGGCACCCAAUUGAUGAUGACUGCCGUUCUGGCAUUGAGAUUAAGCUAGGUCAGCCAUCUAUCAUCAAUCACAUACGGAUACUCCUGUGGGACCGAGAUAGCCGGUCUUAUUCAUACUUCAUUGAAGUAUCAAUGGAUGAACUUGAUUGGAUCAGAGUGAUUGAUCAUUCACAGUAUCUGUGUCGUUCUUGGCAAAAGUUGUAUUUUCCAGCCCGUGUCUGCAGGUAUAUUCGAAUAGUUGGGACUCACAACACAGUGAACAAGAUUUUUCACAUUGUGGCUUUUGAAUGUAUGUUUACAAACAAAACCUUCACUCUUGAGAAGGGGCUAAUAGUUCCCGUGGAGAAUGUUGCAACAAUUGCUGAUUGUGCCAGUGUGAUUGAAGGAGUCAGUCGGAGCCGAAAUGCCUUGCUGAAUGGCGACACCAAGAAUUAUGACUGGGAUUCUGGCUAUACGUGUCAUCAGCUGGGAAGUGGUGCGAUUGUGGUUCAGCUGGCACAGCCGUACAUGAUCGGGUCAAUACGGUUACUACUUUGGGACUGCGAUGAUCGAAGCUACAGCUACUAUGUUGAGGUCUCCACCAACCAGCAACAGUGGACCAUGGUGGCCGACAGAACUAAAGUCUCCUGCAAGUCCUGGCAGUCUGUAACUUUUGAAAGACAGCCCGCCUCCUUCAUCCGAAUCGUGGGAACACACAACACAGCAAAUGAGGUGUUCCACUGUGUCCACUUUGAGUGUCCAGAGCAGCAGAGCAGCCAGAAGGAGGAAAGCAGCGAGGAGUCGGGGCCAGGGGAGCCCAGCCUGGCCGGCCCGCAGUUCGAGCCCCACGCCCUGCAGGCCCCCAGCGGCAGCUCCCUGCCUUCCAGCCCUGGCUCCGCCUCUCGCUCCCCCAACCGGCAGCACCAGUAAAGGGGGCGCCAACGACGUGGAGGCGUGGGUGGGCCCCGAGGGCAGGGGGCCAGGAUGGGCGUCCUCCCAGGAGGGAUCUCUGUUGACCGUCCCCCUCCCCUGCCGGGAGGGGCAGACUGGACUGCAAAAACGCGGACACAGAACAGGCUUUCUCCCAAGGACAGAAAGGGGCUGCUUUGUUCUCCUCAAUUUGUUCAAAUUAGGCUAGUCUCCAGGGAGAGAAAAUGGGUCUUUAGUCUUCAUCAAGUCCACCAUUAACACCCUACCUCUCUAAUCUAACCCGGGCAAAGGGGACAGAAGGCAGCGGCAGACGGCCCGUGUCGGAAUACCUCGGCACCCGAGCUCAAGUGUGGGAGGAUCCAUUGGGCCUUUAUGACCUGGAGGCACCCUUUACGAAGUGGGUUUCCGAAGAGUGUUUACUUUUAUGGAACACAUUGCCCUGGCAACUAAAUGAUUUUUUCUUUCUUUUAGUUAUUGUCCAUUUGCUGAAUCAUAGGUGUUCCAGAUCUUUUUGAAAUGCUCAAACAGCAAAUCACUUGUUUUAAUCCCUCUUGACGCUGUAAUUUUCCUUCCUUAGUUUUGUACGGUUAAGCCUGGGCUGGAGCGGAGAGAUUCUGUGCACAGCUCCGAAAUGAGGCACAGAUGGCUCAUCAUGGCACCUGGUCUGACAAGGAAAAUCCUCGGAGGAAGUUCAACAAAAUACACAAUGAGCAAAUCAAUCCGAGGACACUGGAGUUAAUAAUCACUCGAAUUCCUGAGUUAUUAACCUGUCAUUCCUGAAACAUAUCCAGCCGUUAAGCUUGGGAGGCUGACGAGGAAAUAUUUUGCCACCUGCUAAUUUCCUGUUCAUAAGUCUGUAAAUGUAUCUGGAAGUCCGCAGCAGCUUCCAGUUGGGCUGAGCCCGCCCCUGAAUCACCACUGGUUAGCCGGGCCGUGGGGACGGCGGCCCUCCUGCCGGCCAGGGUCAGGAACUCGAAACUGGGGCUUCGCAGCGCGGUCGUGAUAGUUCAGGGCUUGCUGUGUUUCACCCCCAGACCCUACUACUCGGCCAGGGUUUAGAAGAAAAAGCCGUUCUAAGAAGCUUUUCUCCUCGAGCCGAUCUCCUCUGACUGCCGUGGCCUGCCAUGGCUCUGUUGUGUCUCCUGCUUAGUGACUUCCAGUCCAGCGCUAACUACCCUUUGUAAUGUGCUCAGCCUGCUGCCUGGGGUUUGCUGGGCUCCACGGAAGCCUGGCCGCGGUCCCCCAGCCCCCCAGACGCAGGCCCAGGCCCUCGGCACACCCUGUGACCCCGCUUGGAGGAGGGUGGGCUUACAGGGGAAGGUUCCUUUCUGGGGUCUUAAAGACACGUGGGGUUGUGGGUGGACACAGAGCCCCUGGGCCCACUAACUAAAUGCUUUCUCCAGUGUAACUUGGUCUUGAGUGAUCUCUCAAUAUGGGAGCAGCAGGGGGGCAUCAGACCACAUGAUUAAGCAGGAAGGUGGGCUUUCUGUUUGAACAUGGGCGGCAGGAGACAGUGGUGGGGGGUGCCACAGCGCCAGCCACAGCUGCAGAGGCUCUGGGCGCCCCCACCCCGCUCUCAGCUUGCGCAUCUGACUCCUUCCCCACCAUGUGGGGCGAGUGGGGUGCCAGGCAUCUCACGGGGUGGGAGGGGGGCGGGAGGCUCCCGUAACAGAUGGCAGGGCUGCUCGUUGGCCAUGGGUGGCCGCCCCGUGGGACUUGGCCACUGCCUUUGUCAGCAUCCGGCACACGGUCGCCAAUUAGCGUGGAGAAUUCCUGUCCACUCGGCACUUCCUUCAACAGCACAGUCACUACCCGGCAGGGAGCAGAAGGAGCCCAAGAAGUCAGCAAGGGCAGAGUUCAGAUGUUUGGAAAGUCUCCAUUCAAACUUUGGAGUCGCCUGUCCAGGGAGGAGUGAGUCCCCGGGUUUGGCUGGCACUGCCGACCUGGGAGGAGGGGAGUGGGCUGGUGAGGACCUGGAAGGUUCCGGCCCUCCAUCCCCAGACCGUUGGGUCCCACAGGCCCACGGCCCACGCCGCCGUCUCGGGCCCAGGUCUGGCAGUUCCGUGGCACACCGAAGAGGCACAGGCCGUGGAGCUUUAGCACCAGAUCCACGUGUGGGUGCCUCCCGGCCUCCCGCUCUCCCCUACGGAUUCCCUUCCGCACCCACACCGUCCGCACGCCUGCCCCGAGGUCUGUCUUGGGGGAUCGGAGUGGGUGUCAGCAGAUAAGGGAAGGAAGGGAAGACGGGAGCGGCCAGCAUACAGCAGCAGGGGGGACGGGCACGUGGCCACGUUCCCUCCCCUGCGGCUGUGGCCGUCGGCUCGCCGACCUCGUCUCCUGGGCCGGUCAGGAGGCCUUGCUUGCAUGGAAGCCCGCUCUAGAGCCCAGGCCGGCGUGGACGAAGCCCCGCAGAAGCCGCUCUGCUCUCCCUCCUGCUGCCAGGUCAGUGGGCUCAGCCUUCCAUGGUGAGUCUUCUGAUUUGGGGAGCAGGGGGAUCCUUCUGCAUGCCUGGCUGGGCUGGGGCCUUCUGGAUGCGGCCUGCAGCCCCCAGUCAGGGUGCGUGGCCCCAGACAUGCGCAGAUCUCCAGAACCCUGGCUGGUCCUUUGGGGGGCUCCUCCCUACAGCCAGCUAGACCAAAAUGGCCCCCAAACUGCAAGAGCCCCACGGAGCUAAACGGGAAUGCAGGCAAGACAGCCCGGCCUGCAGCCGGAAGGCCUCCCACGUGCCGGCUGAGUCCUCGCCCCAGCAGCGGGUGGCGGCCACUUCCCCUGUGGGGUGUGAGGAAGGAGACCCGGCCAGUCACCAGAGGGCCGGGGGCAGACGAGGGACCCCGCCCUGUGAGGGUGCAGCCUGGGCUGUAACUGGUUUGAGGAGAGGUCGGGCGAGGCCUGGCCCUCCGUGGGGACAGAUAGAAGGGUGCUUGUGGCCUCUGGCCCAUGCCUGUGAUGCGUCUCAGUUACUGACCGUGGAACACCACCUUCGUGCCUACCAGCCAGGUCAGGAACUCGAACACUGCCAGAGCCCCCUGCCCUUCCCUUUAGAUCAUGAUGUGGGGGCAAGAAUCAGCUGUACUGAGGAUUUGGGGGAUAGCCGUCGCCUUCUGGCAGCUGCUGGGAGGGCCAGCUGGGGUGACACCGGGCACACCAGGUGGGGCCUGCGUCCACUGCCCGUGUGCGCGCGGGGCUGGCGGCCUGCUCGUCUGCAGAUCUGAAACAGGUGUGAUAGUUUGACAUGCACGCGCACGCCCGCCCAGACUUGUUCCCCAUAUUCUCAGUGCUGUUUCUGUUUUACUUCUUCUGACUCUCGUUAGAACUGCGAGCCCGCGAUGAAUGUGGGACUCUUCUCAAUUGCUCUUCAAAUUGUCACUUUUAAUCUUAUUAAAUGAAGUGUCGAUUCCUGACAAAUACAUUAGAAGUGUUUUACUCCUAGAAGAGUUGGGAAAAGAAAUUAUUUUCAGCAAGAGUGGGAUCUGUUUGUUAGACUGAUCCCUUGGUCAAAAAAAAAAACACAUGAGUUUCUGAAUUGUGCAAAAAAUUGCUCAGUACUUACGCUGUCGCCCCAAUUGUCAAAUCGUUGUGCAGAUGGCUCCAACCCAGUCAACUUCACCUUUCUUUUUUUUUUUUAUAGAAGAUAACAAAAUUGGAAUCACUUUUUCUUUCUAGAGACUCGGAAGAAAAAAAGGAAGGUAUGAUCCGCAAUAAAAAGCAGAGCAUCCUGUGUGCCGAGGCCACUUGGUAAGAAGGAGAGGGAGUGAACCCCAUUGCGGGCUUCAGCUAAGAACCUUCUUUGGACAAGGAAGAAAGGUGUCAAAAGAGGAAGAGAAAAUUAAAUUUGUCUCCUUCCAGGAGUUUCUCCUCAUUAGCGUUGGCUUUUGGUGUUCCCAUGGUGAUGCCGCCUCCCAUGCAGGUGGCGGGGCCCUCGGGGGUCACCAAGGUCAGGGCGGCGCCGGGUGGGGCGGCCACUGUCGCUGGGCAGAGGCCACGCUCCAUUUGUUGUGGCCACUGCAGCCAUCGAUUCUGUGUGUUUGUCCUGACAACAGCUCCAGCAGGAGUUCAGUGCUCAUUAGUGGCCCGAGGAAUUUAAAAUGCAGCUCAUGGUUCUGUAUCACCGUGGAUUUUAUUAUUAUAAUAUUAAAUUAGAA